AUGUUCGCCCGAUUCAUUCAAAAGACUCCCGUCAAGCCUACUUCGGUGGCCUCUGUCAAAUUGAGCUUCGCCCAGAGCCGAUUCCUGGCCACAGUGAACCCAAAAUUUGCCGCUCGCCCCUUUGAGCCAGCCACCUUCACGAUCCGCAAUGGCCCUGUCUUUCACGGCAAGUCCUUUGGAGCCAACACCAACAUCUCUGGUGAAGCCGUGUUCACCACCUCCUUGGUCGGAUACCCCGAAUCCUUAACCGACCCCUCUUACCGAGGCCAGAUCUUGGUUUUCACCCAGCCGCUGAUUGGUAACUACGGUGUGCCAUCAGGCGCUCGGGACCCAAAUGGCCUUCUCAAAUACUUUGAAUCUCCCAACCUGCAAGCGGCCGGUGUUGUUGUAGCCGACGUUGCGGAGCAGUACAGUCACUGGACUGCCGUAGAGAGUUUGGGCGAGUGGUGCUCCCGCGAGGGUGUGCCUGCUAUUUCUGGCGUCGACACCCGUGCUAUUGUGACCUUCCUCCGUGAGCAGGGUUCUUCGCUUGCCCGCAUCACUGUCGGUGAAGAGUACGACGCAGAUGAGGACGAGGCCUUUGUCGACCCUGAGCAGAUCAACCUCGUUCGCCAGGUCAGCACCAAGUCCCCGUUCCACAUCAGUGCCGCCAACCCUGAAUGUCACGUCGCUCUCAUCGACUGUGGUGUGAAGGAAAACAUUCUGCGCAGUCUCGUGGGUCGCGGUGCCAGUGUCACUGUUUUCCCCUUUGACUACCCGAUCCACAAGGUCGCUCACCACUUUGAUGGCAUUUUCAUUUCCAACGGCCCCGGUGAUCCAACCCACUGCCAGGACACUGUGUACCAUCUGCGCAAGCUUAUGGAAACCUCUCAGGUUCCUAUCAUGGGUAUCUGCUUGGGUCACCAGCUGCUUGCCCUUGCUGCCGGCGGCCGCACCAUCAAGCUCAAGUACGGUAACCGUGCUCACAACAUUCCCGCGCUCGACCUCACUACUGGUCGCUGCCACAUCACUAGCCAGAACCACGGCUAUGCCGUGGACGCGUCUACACUGUCUAGUGACUGGAAACCUUACUUUGUCAACCUGAACGAUUCCAGUAACGAGGGUAUGAUUCACAAGUCUCGCCCGAUUUUCAGCACACAGUUCCACCCCGAGGCCAAGGGAGGUCCUUUGGAUUCCUCCUACCUCUUUGAUAUCUACCUCGACAGUGUAACCAAGUACAAGAAGAGCCAAGCUGCAUUCCACCCUAUGCGUGAGAGCCGCCCUAGCCCUUUACUGGUUGACCUCUUGCCCAACGAGCGUGUCGGUGUUGCACCUACAGCCGGUGCCCUCCGUGCUACUUCUGCUGCUGCCGCUGCUGCUGAGGCUCCUGCUGUCGCCGCCGCCGCUUAG